CGACAGUUAGUCAGUUGUAUGGCACGAUCAGCCUCUGUUCUGUCUGUUGUUUGUCGCAGAAUUUUCGUUUUCUGUCGCUGAAGCUACUGCUGCUGCUGUUGCUGUAGUCUGCUUGAAUGUGCGUGCCUGUGCUGUGUUUUUCUUUUACCAAGGCAAAAAACGCGUUGCGAUUCAAUUUAAACCAACGAAUAAUUGUCACAUACCGUACACCCAUACAUGUGUGUAUGUAUGGACAUGUCUGCUGAAUAUUUAACUCGGAUGGAAAUAGAAUUCGAUCGUCUUGCUCGCGGCAUUGCUGACUGUAAAAUAAAUGCACACAACAGUUCUGUUAACACCAUGGCUAACAUUGAUGUCGCAUUUGAAUUGACUAAAGAUCAAAGAACUAGAAAUGACCAUUUUUUUGAAUUUUCAGUUGAUCGUAUAAUUAUUGUGGAAGACUCCAAGUCAAAGUUUUAUUUAACAAAUUUGUUUCACAAUAGUUUUGAAAAUCUUCCUUUGAAUAACACCUACUGCUAUUGCCCCAAAACCGAGCAACAGCUAAUCAAAACAAGAUGGCGAUGCCGUAUGCUUAUCGCACGGUAUAUGACUUUGGCUAUAAUUUUAAUGAUGUUUAUCUUGGCAUCUGCACAGAAUGAAAAUAUAGAGACUAUCGUUGCUAAUUCCAAUGUGUUUAAUGGAAGUAAUUGGAACUCAAAUAAAAAUCAAUUCCAUUUUGAUACAGAUACGCAAAAUGAUAGUGAUGCAUUUACUAAUUCAAAUGCAAAUAAUAAUCAAAAUCAUAACAGUAACAAUGGAAAAAUGACUUCAGGGCCCGGUACUCAGGGUGUCACUGUAAGCCGCAAUACUUUGAUUAAUGGUGAUACUAUUUUGCAGCGGCAAUUGAGAGAGAAAACUAAACAAGAUAGCUUACAGUCAAUUAAAAUGCAUAUCUUAAUGCGUUUGAAUUUAAAAAAACUGCCAAAUAUAACGAAACCAAUUUCAGUACCACAAAAUAUAAUUGAACAUUUUUAUAAAAAGUAUAAUGCAUCGCUUUUAAACUCUAUAAGGGUACAUGAAAAAGCAGAAUUGGAAAAUUCAGAAAAGCUAUUAUAUGUCGAAAGGAAUGGAAACAAUACAGAAUCAACUGAAUCUAAAUUAUUAUCUUCAAAUUGGACAACAAAUAGUCAGCAUUUUAUAAACGAUUCCAAUUUAUUCAGACCCAUCACAAAUUUGACAACAGAUGAAAUGCAAAGUGACGAUCCCAAACAGUUUGAUGACUAUAGAUAUAAACAUAUUAUUGAUCUUAAUAAGGAAAAAGAAGCGAGCGUGAUUGAAAAUGAUAAUGGCGAAUAUGAGAGUAUUUUAUCACAUACAAACAGCAUAUAUGUAUUUCCAGAACAAUCCCAUACACGACAUAACCGAAAAGCCGACGUACUCCGGUUUAAAUUUGAUAGCUAUACGGAAGUAUCGUAUGUGAAAUUGCAUUUAUAUCUGCGUGGAUUGGACUGGAUAAAGGCGAAUAUACCGAACAUUAUCGAUGGAUUUGACGAUAACUUUGAAGACAACGAAAUUGUUGUGGAUGUACAUCGUGCCAUACGCCAUGUGAAUAGCACACAUAAAGUGAAAAUGUUUGAGUUUCGUCACAAAAUUCCAGUCGGAUUUGGUCAAUGGAUCAGUGUUGACUUAAAACCCUUGUUCAUAACAGGAGAGGAUACAAUGUUUAAUCCUACCAGGACGAAUAAAACUCAAGAAAUCGUCAUCAAAGGCGUUGAGCCAUGGAUGAAACCCUUAGUCGUCACUACGGAUAACACUUCAAAAAAUCCGUUGACUGUCCACAUUGAAAUUGGUUCACAGAAAAAGCACCGCCGAAAAAGAAGCGUUUUUAUGGACUGCACUGAAAGUGAUCACGAUAUGCGGUGUUGUCGUUAUCCACUCAAAGUGAAUUUCACGAGUUUCGGUUGGCACUUUGUGGUGGCACCCACAUCUUUUGAUGCAUAUUUUUGUAGCGGUGACUGUCGUGUGGGUUAUUUGGAGCAAUAUCCACAUACACAUUUAGCAGCGCUAACGACAUCGGCUACGCCAUGUUGCUCUCCGACAAAAAUGAGUUCGUUGAGCUUGUUAUAUUUUGAUGACAACCAUAAUCUGGUGUUGAGUGUUAUACCAAAUAUGUCCGUCGAGGGAUGCAGCUGCUCGUAGCCGAUUGGGAUAAACGGAACCUAGUAAACAACUUUUUAUAAAAAAACUUAGAAAAUAAACAAAGAAUGUAUAAACUAUCCAUUCAUUGUAGAUGCAUAAGCAAUAUACAUAUUUGGGUUUAUUUUUAACGGAAUCUCACUAACAUUAGUUGUGAAACAUAUGUACAUACAUACAUACAUACAUAUAUAACAAGAUUUUAUUGUAUAAAGUUUAUACCAAAUUGAAAUGCUUCUAACAGCUGUUUAGGUGUAACAAAAAAACAUUUUCAAACAAGAAUAUCACCGGAAAUAUGAAUAAGUCAACCGAAUAUAAGUUUUUUUAAAAGUAAUGCGGCAAUGGUGAAAUAAAAAGUAUAUGUAUGUUCAUAUAUAUAUGUAUGUACAUAUACUUUUUAUUACGGAACUAGUUUAAAAACAAUGCUAUUGAAAAAAUUUCGCUAAUUUAUUUUGUUCCUUACAAUUUUAGAAAAGAUACAGCAACUACAGUAGAAUCCGGUUAUAACGACUCCGCUUAUAGUGUCCGUCCGGUUAUUGCGACGAAAAGUCGAUAGCUUGGUUGGUCCCCAUACAAACUUAUAUGAAAGAGCCGCCUCCGCUUAGUACGUCUCCGCUUUUAGCGACAAACCGCUUAUACCGACGAAAUUUUUCGCAAUUCAACCGGAUAUUGCGACGAAAAAAAAAAUACAGCGGAAUAAUGCCAACAAAUUUAAGUAUCAAACGACGCUGUAAUAAAUGUAUGCAUUUAUCAGUGAAUGGCACUCUUGCUUGCGACACAAAGGUUCUAACAUUCUCACUACUCUCGGUUAAUUUUAGCUGACGCCUUAGCUUAUGCUAAGGAACAUGCAGGUAUACGAUUUAUUAUGGAAAAACCAUGCUAUUAAAUUGAAUUUAUAAAUUUUUUGUUUUGUUUAAAAAUUAAUUUGUUUUAUUUUAAAAAUCUAUUACGAACAUGGCAACCAUAAAAAACAAAAAUUAGUUUUGCUCCUUUCGGUUAGUGCGUCUUCCGGGUAUAACGACGUAAAAUCGUCGGUCCCUUGAAAGUCGCUAUAACCGGAAUCUACUGUAUAUGUAUAUUUCAAAUAAAUAUAGUAGGCAGGUCGAGUAGCACAUGCCAUCAGCUGUAGUCUUUCAUGCACAAUAAUAAAAGUAAUACCGUAUUUAUCUAACAUUCUAUUCGUUGUUUUUUUUUAAUAUUCAUUGAAAAAAAACUCCAUAGUAAUAGUAAUCAUUUUGAUGCUUUAAAUUGAAUUUAAUUACAAUUAUUAAAUUAAAAAAUAAAAGGAAAUGGACCGAAACAGAAAAUAUUUAUACAAUAUAGACAAAAUAUUAAAAUUGACCUAUUAUAUGUACAGCAAUCUGAUCGUUUCAGUACGAGUUGCCUAAUAUGAUGCCAGUUGGGAGUACAUCGUUUUAAUGAAUAUAAUAAUUUUAUAAAAUUUAUAAACAAAUACUAUUUUUAUUACUUAUACAUAUUUUUUUUAAUUGAUGUUCUCAUGUUUGAUUGACAUGAUUCUAUUACUAAUAACCAUAUAAUACAUACAUAGAUACUCCAAGUUGCGAUUAGAACCCCAGAGCCUUUUCGGCUCAUUUCGACACAACGUACAUUUCACACUCAGUUCACUAGCAGUGCACGGGCGUAUUUCGUUGCGCUGUGCGAUUUACAUUUUUGUAUUUCUUUGCUAUCUUACUGACAGAAAUAAUAUCCAAUUGCGCUUUGAUUUAAAUUUUGUACAUUUAAAUAUUAAAAUGAAGGGUUUGACGAAGUUUGCUUCGCUGGACAACUAUUUGAGUGAUGCCACUUUAGUGAAAGUACUUGCAUCAUAAAAAUGCAUAAUUUAAGCGGAUGCGUCUGGUGUAAGAUAUAAAGAUUCGGCGCGACUUAUAUGAUUCUUUCAUUUUAAGCAGGUUAUUAAACUGAAAUUUGACAUCUAUGAUUAUUUCAGUGAUUCGUUCAGUAUACACAGCAUAAGGAUAAUAAGCUGCUAUUACCUAAAUUUAAGUAAUUGAAUAAAAUUUAUUUUCAUGAAAGAAAUUG